AUGCGAGUCACAUUAUUUGUCCUCUCUAGCAUAUCUGCUAUAACCACAAUUGUCGCUUCAACGCUUCCAAUACCAGAAUCUGAGGAAGUUCCUCCCAUUAUCAACCCGAUUGUCGAGCCAAUUGUCGGUUCAAUUCUGGAAUCAAAUAUCGCACCAGUUAUUGAAUCAGUUGUUGAACCAGCUGUUGACCCUAUUAUCGAACCAGUUGUUGAGCCAAUUAUUGAACCAGACAUUGAACAGACUGUUGAUCCCAUUAUCGAGUCAGCCAUCGACCCUAUUGUCGAGCCAGUUAUUGAACCGUUUGACGAACCGGCUGUUGACACUAUUAUCGAACCACUCGUCGACCCUGUUAUCGACCCUAUUGUCGAACCAAUUAUUGAAUCAGUCGUGGAACCAGUCAUUGAACCAGUUAUCGACCCUAUUUUCGAACCUGCUGCUGAUCCCAUCGUCGAGCCAAGUAUUGAACUGGCUGCCGAACCAGUUAUCGACCCUAUCGACGAGACAGACAUCGAACCAGCCAUUGAACCAGUUGUUGCGUCACUUGUCGACCCUCUUGUUGAGCCAAUUAUUGAACCAAGUGUCGAGACAAUUGUUGAGCCCGUCAUCGACCUCAUUGUCGACCAGAUUCCCAUUCCAGAACCUCCUUCUCGCAGUUCUACUGGGGUGAUCCCAGAGGACCUCAAGAAUGCCAUGCAAGGGAUACGACGCCUAGCGUCAGACGUGAUGCUGCAAGCGGACAAAAUUGCAGGCGACGGUGUAAAGGUCCAGAUUAUUGGAAACACAUACUUGCGCUGCCAAAACAUGGUUGAUGAGAUUCAGGAGAUAUCCAGAACGAUUAGCCGUCCUCCCACGAUGCUUUUCAGCUGGGAGGAUCAAGGGGGCAUUUGCUCGGCCUUUGACUCGCUCGGCAUCAACUUAUCCAAACUCAUCACUGUGCUGUCUUUGGAACCUAAGAGCGUGGUGAGGGACGGCUUUGGCGAUCGAUUCAAAGAUUGCUUCGACGAGCUUCGACCAGUGUUGGGUUUGUUCAUCAAGCAGCUCAUAAUAUACACACCGACGUGCGAAGGUGAAAUGCUGAGGCGGAUAGAUCAACUAGAUGUGGCACUCAGCAAUGCCAAGAUGAGGAUGGAGGAUGCUCGGCAGAGCUAA